GUCUCUCUCUCUCUCUCUGCCACAACCAACCAACCCAACACUACACACACAUUCCUUUUCAGACAAUGGUGAAACUAGCUUCAGCAAGAGAGUUCCGUACAUACGGCCCGGGCCUCACUAGAAACCGUUACGAAUACAUAAACGCAGGCCUAUAUCUAUUUGCCACCGUGAUCCUUUGUUCCGGUUUUGUGGCCCAGCUUUCUCCUGAAGCCCGUUCGGGCCUCGUUGUUCUUCUUAUUGCUCUUACCAUUAUUAUCUUUGUUAAUCUUCAUGAUAUUCUUGCUCAUUUUGCUGCCAUUGAUUUCCGCUCGUCUUUGUUGCCCUUUGAUCUUCAACUCUUGUUUGUUGAGUUUGCUGCUCCUGUUGUUCAGAUCCUUGGAUCGCUUCUCAUCUUUCUAGGAAUUCUAUUCACUUUCAUCGAGGAAGAGAAAGGAUAUUAUUUGAAAUUGGAAAAGCAUGUUGUGAACAUGCUAGUUGCUGGUCCUGUAUUGUGGAUGGUAGGAUCGAUUCAUAACUCGUGUCAAAUUUAUGAGAGAGCGGAUGGACAUGUUCAAAUCUUGCAGCAGUUUGUGUAUAUCCCUUUUUUGAUGGGGAGUUUGUCAUUCAUGCUUGGUGCAAUUCUUAAUCAUCAUCAACAAUCUGGAAUCAUCCACCAUGGAAUGAACUUGCUUGGUGGGACUUGGGUUUGGCUUGGCAUAUUUGGAAGCUUGAUGUUCUUCAUUGGUGGAUUGACAAAUUUGAUAAAAGUGUUCAAAAUGCAACAAAUGAAUGGAACGAUGAGGUUGGAGAAAUUGCGAGGUGGAGCACAAGAGAGACUAGUAAGUGCAAGAGAAGGACGGGUUCCCUUGAUUUUGGGUCAUCAUCAACCAAUGAUUAACCGUCAAAUUAGUGAAGAGACCAAAGUUGAUAUACCCCUUCCCACUCCUUAUAAGGAUGUCCUUCUUGGUCAGACUGGAUCAUGAUUUACGGUCUUUGUUGUUAUUUUAUCAAUCAUUUCUCUCAUUUCUCUUUGUCUAAUAUAUAUAAACAUUGUGCGAGCUGGCUAUAGAUCCGUAGUAAUUGAGAUUCAAAUUUCAAAACAACAAAUAGAUAAAUACUUCCCUCAAUAAAAUGAGUAGAGGCAUACUGACUUAGAUUACCCAACUCGUUUUAUGUUUAUACGCAGCAUAAAUUUAUAUAAAU